GGUCGUAUUCCUUCGUUUGCAUCACGCUGGAUACAGAGCCGGACAUGUGCAAAAUAAAGGAGGAUUAUAACAUGUAUGUUUAAGAGGCAUCAAAAAGAUAUGUGAGGUUCAGUUGGGGCUAAAAAACUGAAUCAAAUCUGGAAAGAAGACACAGGAGGAAGGUUGAUCAUACAGCUGCACCAACUCUGAGAGAGACUCUUGUGAAUAAAGCAACAUGUCAUCAGCUCCAGAAAACAUCAGAGCUGAAAGAGAAGGAUCAUUCUUCAGCAGAGUAGCCAGAAGCAUCAGGAGAGCUCUGUCCAGAAUCUGCAGAAAUAGUUCCAGCUCUUCCUCGGACAGUGUUCCAAUUCCAAAUCGUCGUUAUUCUCAGGAAGAUUGUUAUAGUCCUAUAAUCUGCGGUGGCUCCAGAAACCGAGAUGUUUAUUAUACGUCAUUGAUAGGUCAAAAACGCAAGAACUCAAAUGAGUACCCUCAAAUAAGCAAAAGACGAGAUGCACUUAAUUUGACUGUGCAUCCUGAAAGUGAGCCAGAAGUGAGUGAUGUCUUAAGGAAUUCAUCUGUUACUGAUUCUCUUUCUGACUGGUAUGAUGAUUGUAAUUUUGCAGAGGCAAUGAUUGUGUCUCUCCCCAUGCCCUCAAGGCCAGACUUUAGGUUCAAACACACCUCCUGUGAGUCCAUAGCCCAACCUGAAGAUGCACAAGGCAUUCCCACAGUCCUCCAUGACACAAAUAUCUGCACAGAAGGAAGUGGAACACAAUAUGGACUUCAUUUUCCCGUUCAGUCUAACAGUGAGCGGUCAGCACACCGUGUCGCUCAGGUGGAGGCCCCUAUCAUAGCUGUAAGGUGCUUAGUCACAAACACCGUACGCCCCCCAGAUCGAUCUAGGAGCAGCAGAGUGUCCAGCUGCCUCUCUCGCUCUCACAGCAUGUCUUCACAGAGUCAAAUAGCAUCAGCAAAGCCCUUAACCCGAUCUCAAAGCUUGCCUGCUCUGUUGCUAAAAAGCAGCUACGAGGAGUUUACACCUGAGAUCACUGCUGAUGAAGAGGAGGAGACCUACAGGUUCCAGAGCUCCUGCCCCGGCCUGUACCAGUGCAGGCUGACCGGCCUGGUGUUUCACAUGGAGGGAGAGGGGGAGCUGCUUUACAGGAUCGUCCCUUGGAACAGGAGGCUUCUGGCCCAGCAUCACAAGAAGCCUGCAGGACCCCUGUUUGACAUCAAAUGUGUGCAACAGUCAGUGUGUCAGCUGCACCUCCCUCACUGUGAGAUCCGCUCCACAGGAGCCUGUCGCUUCUUGUCCGUUGCUCAUGUGAAAGAUGAGAGCAUUGAGUUGAUCCGCCCUCACAUGGUAACAGAAACUCAUGUUAUUAUAAACAUCACAGGGUUUUCUGGUUUAGGGAACGUUAAGGAUGAAAACUCUCCACCUGACCCGGUCCGAGCGCAGGUUCUGCUGUUCUACAGGCCCCCAGCUGAUCCUGAUCCCACAUCCAUCUUAAAUGUACUGCUGCUACCCAGUAACGUCUUGAUCAAGGAUGUGAAGCGCAAAAGGAAGAAGAUAGUUGGAGAAGAGACCUACAUAGAAACCCCCCCCCACUGUAAACUGCGCCCACAGCAGGAGUACACUCUGUCCACUCGUCCAGAGGACGACUCAGUUCGAGUUCAACCACCAGAGGCAGAGUUUUACUGCGACGAGUAUGACAACUACCACCCAUCAUUCCAGGUGACUUUGGAAACAAGGAUGAAACAUAUUGAGCUGGAUCUGAGAAAUUCCAACGCCUCCCUCAGUGUCUGGGAAAGACGAGUGUGUCUCUCCUCUGGAGUGAAAAGGUCCUGUGAGCAGAGCUCUCUGGAACGUUCUGCUCAUAAGAGGCUACGGGACAUAUGGAGCGACUUCAUCGAGAGGACAUCAAAACCUCUCCUCAAAAGUCUUGUGGACAAACUGUUUGAGAAAAAGGUGCUGACUGAUUCUGAGAGGGAGAGCGCGGAAGAGAAGCAAAACAGAAGCGACAAAGCUGGUUUUGUGAUUGACACAGUGAUGAAGAAAGGAGACAAAGCUAGUUCAGAGAUGAUUACGUUUCUUUGUGACGCUGACCCCUAUCUCUGCGAACAGCUUGGGUUGAUCUGAAGCUGAGAGGUGGUGAUGAAGAGUUGUGUGGAGUCUGAUAAUAACGAUUGAAAGAGAAUGCUUUUAGAUGCAGAAAUAAAAGAGAAGAAAGAGGAGAGAUUGAUAGGUGGGGAGGUCACCCAGGGAGAACCUGCCAAAAUUGGGAUGCGCACAAUUCAGAAAAGACCGGUUGGAGAGGAGUGUUUGCGGCAGAGUUGGGAGCAUAGUGCCACAAGUGGGACAUAUUUAGGAGAGGGGAGGGGGGGGGGUGUGCUGAGAGACCAGAUCAAUCAGCAGAAGUAGUAGUCAGAUGAUAGCUCUUUCUGGAUGGUAAUGUCACAGAAGCUCCAGCAACGGGUCGGUUCUAGGGAUGUUAGAAAGGAGGACGACACGUGACGGAAACAGAGAGUACACAUAUCUGAAUGAGGAAAAGAAAGCACAAAUAAACUUAACUCAGUCAACGUUUGAUUCACCUGCACUCAGCCUACAGUCACACUCCUACAAGACUCCGAAGCGUUCACCUGCCAUGUUAAAAAAGCCGUUUUUUAAAGGACUCCUGGCUUGAUGACUCAGUUGGUGACAGCUGUGACGGAUACUCCUCCCAGCUUGCAAUUUGCCCUCACCGGAAACCAGUGCCUUUCCACAGGUUAAAUGAGUGCUUAACAGCGACUGGAUAUAAAACAAUAGCAUACAAAUGUUUUAACCCAGUUAUUUUUAACAAACAGAUUACAACAUUGUAAAACUUGACUAUGGCUGUUUAUAUUAAUUUCAUU